AGGUUUCAACCUCCCAUUUCCGUUGUACCGAAAAAAAAGAUAAGGUUUCAACCCCACUGUUCCAUCAAUUCCCUCUCUCCUCCACAGAGACAGAGAGAGACGUAUUCAAGCUUCUCUCCCUGCAUCCAUGGCGUCUCUCUUCACAAACCUCAAUUUCACUCCCAUCUCCCACUCCUCCACCCCCACCCAAACUCGCUUCCUUCUCCAUUCCUCAAUUCACCCCAAAACACCAACCCCAUUCGUCUCCAUCCUCUGCUCCUCCGUCACUCGCCCAAACUACAUCCCCAACCGCAUCCCCGACCCCCGCUACGUCCGCGUCCUCGACACCACCCUCCGCGACGGCAAACCGUCCCCCGGCGCCAGCAUGACCAGCAAGGAGAAGCUCGACAUCGCCCGGCAGCUCUCCAAGCUCGGCGUCGACAUUAUCGAGGCCGGCUUUCCCGCCUCCUCCAAAGACGAUCUCCAGGCCGUCAAAAUCAUUGCUCAGGAGGUUGGUAAUGCGGUGGAUGAGAAUGGGUAUGUGCCUGUGAUUUGUGGUGUCGCGAGGUGUAAUAAGAAGGAUAUUGAUGCGGCUUGGGAGGCUGUGAAGUAUGCCAAGAGGCCGAGGAUUAGUACUUUUAUCGCCACGAGCGAAAUUCACAUGGAGUUUAAGCUGAAGAAGACGAGGGAAGAGGUGGUCGAGACGGCGCGGAGUAUGGUGAGGUAUGCAAGGAGUUUGGGUUGUGAUGACGUUGCGUUCAAUCCAGAGGAUGCUGGAAGAUCUGAUAGGAAGUUUCUUUAUCAGAUAUUGGGUGAAGUUAUUAAUGCAGGGGCUACAACUGUCAAUGUCCCUGAUACUGUUGGGUAUACUGUGCCUGUUUGGAUCUUCUUAUUUACAGCUUUUAUGGACCUAAUGAUGCAAUUGCAUUCUGAGCUUGAUACUGAUGUUCCUUCCAUUGCUUCUCCUUUAGAGGUUUAUAUUUUCAAGGUUUCUAAUCAUCAAUCUUUUGCGCUAUGUGUUUGCUGUCCAUGUUUGCAUCCUCAACAUUUCCUAAAAGAGAAACAAAUGAAACAGGGGUUCAUUCAUAUUCCUUCUGUCCCUGAAAAAGUACAUAAUGUAGCCUUUACAACAUCGGUUGUUAUGGCCCUUAAAUGCCGUGGAGAACAAGUGUUUGGAGGACUUUAUACAGGGAUCAAUACAAGACAGAUUGUUAUGUCAAGCAAGAUGGUUGAAGAGUACAGUGGACUGCAUGUGCAACCACACAAGGCCAUUGUCGGGGCUAAUGCUUUUGCUCAUGCAAGUGGUAUCCAUCAGGAUGGAAUGCUUAAACAUAAAAAUACUUACGAGAUUAUAUCACCUGAAGAUAUUGGGCUUCAACGGUCUAAUGAGUCUGGUAUUGUCCUUGGAAAACUCAGCGGACGCCAUGCUUUGAAAACUAGACUUUCGGAGCUGGGUUAUGAUAUUGAUGGUAAGGAACUUGAUGGUCUCUUCUGGCGUUUCAAAGCUGUAGCUGAAAAGAAAAAGAAUAUUACCGAUGAUGAUCUGAAGGCACUGGUGUCAGAUGUAGUUUUUCAGCCACAAGUUGUUUGGAAGCUUGGAGAUGUUCAAGUUACAUGUGGAACUCUUGGUCUUCCUAUGGCAACUGUUAAACUCAUUGAUGCAGAUGGGGAAGAGCAUAUUGUUUGUGCAAAUGGAACAGGGCCAGUUGAUUCAGCUUACAAGGCUGUUGAUCACAUUGUGAAG